AUGGAUUGGAUUUUGAACACCAUUAUUUUUUUUUUUUUUUCUUCUUCUCUCUUUGGAGCCAGCUCAGCCCUGCUCCGUUUCUGGAGCCAGCAGCCUUCAUCUUGGAAGUUCAUCAAAGUGGUGGAGAGCCGAGGAGGGAUCAUGGACAGCAUACAGAGAUUUUCAAACCUGCCAACGUAUCUCCCUGCGAGCUAUCACAUCUGCAAUGCUGAUGUUUUCUUCUUCCUCAAAGAAGCGAACCAGGAUAUCAUGAGGAACUCCAGUUUGCAGUCUAGGGUGGAUUCCUUCUUUAUAUACAAAGCCAAACUGCCGCCUGUCCUAAAUGCCACAUACGGACCCUUUUCUGUUGAACAGGCUGUUCCCUUGGACCUCAUGCUGACUUCUGCAUCUUUUGGUUUCACGAAUAAAUUCACUUUUAAUUGGAAAUUAAAAUCUCACGUAAUUGACAGCUCAAUCUAUUCCAACAAACCUAAAAUACAAACCUUGUUCUAUAUUGCGGGAAAGGACUGGGAUGACUAUAAUUCUGCGGAGAGGUUGCCUUGUGUGAAGAUGUUUGCUUUCCUGGAGUCUAGAGAAGUUGUGGCCAGCUGUAGAUUGACAGGUCAUCUAGGAUUAUGUGUUGCAGAGCUGGAAUUAUCUCCUAGCUGGUUCAGCUCCCCUCCACCCCUGGUUUCAGAGGAAACAGCCUCCCUGGAAGGGAUUACUGUGGAGCUCUUCUAUAAGAUCUAUACAGCAGAUGGGGAAUGUUCUCCAGAGGAUGAAAAAUGGGAAAACAAUAUCCAUGCAGGUCAAGAUAACGAACACAAGGCUUUGUCAGCUAUGGAGAGGAUUGGUAGCAUCAUUGUUUACCCAAAUCAAGACAAAUUAAAACAGUCUUCACUGAGAAUAGAUGAAAAUAUCAUUAUUCGCUUACCACUCAACCCGGUCAGAGAAGGUGAUGUUGUGACCUUUCAUGUUUCCCUGGCCGAGGACUCUCUAGCAGACCAGUUUGUAUUAAGAAUUAGGACAGCCCCAGGUGUGAAGAUCAUGGACAUCAGAGUCAGUGAUGCAGACCAGUGGGGGGUCCAAGAAGAGACAGACAGCGCGAAGUCCACGGCCACCAUCACUUGUAUGCACAACGACCCCAGCGCAGAGAACAGAGCAAACAUGUCCUCCUACGAGAUCCUGCAGAUGGACUUUGAGGUUGACAACACGAGCAGCCUGGCAGGGGCCCAGCAAAUUACGUGGCAGGUGGAAUACCCUCGAGAUGACUCUCUGAGCGAACUGGUGGUCUCCGAGAUCUUUGUCAGCCGAACCAUGUUUGUGGGGAUUGUUCCUCUUGCGAUGGACACUGAAGUCCUUAACACGGCCAUUCUGACGGGCAAAACGGUGUCUGUUCCAGUCAAGGUUGUUGCCGUGGAGGAGGAUGGGUCUGUGGUCGAUGUUUCAGACUCCACCGAGUGCAAAUCAGCUGAUGAAGACGUCAUAAAGGUUUCUGACAGAUGUGACUCCAUCUUCGUUAAUGGCAAGGAAAUGAAAAGCAAAGUGGAUACUAUUGUUAACUUCACUUACCAGCAUUUUACCACCCAAUUAGAAGUGACGGUCUGGGUUCCGCGGCUCCCGCUGCAGAUCGAGAUCUCAGACACAGAGCUGAGCCAGAUCAAAGGCUGGAGGAUCCCCGUCACCACCAAUAAAAGGCCUACCCGUGACAGUGAGGACGAAGAGGAUGAUGAGAAAAAAGGAAAAGGUUGUACCCUCCAGUAUCAGCACGCCAUGGUGCGAGUCCUCACACAGUUUGUAGCUGAAUCCUCUGAGCUUGGAGGCCACUUGACCUACAUGCUAGGCUCUGAGUGGCAGUUUGACAUCACUGACCUUGUGACUGAUUUCAUGAAGGUAGAAGAACCCAAGAUUGCUAAGCUUCAAGAUGGCCGAGUUCUGGUUGGUCGCGAGCAAGGCAUCACCACAGUCCAGGUUCUGUCACCUCUUUCCGAUUCCAUCUUGGCAGAGAAGACAGUGAUAGUUUUAGAUGACCGUGUAACCAUUACAGAUCUAGGAGUGCAACUAGUUUCAGGCUUGUCCGUCUCCUUACAAAUCAGCAAAGGAAAUAAGAGAGCAAUCGUUUCUACCACCUCUGCAUAUGAUAUCCUUCAUAGUCCCAAACAGGAAGCCAUAGUCAGUGCUUGGAUUCUGUUCAGUGAUGGGUCAGUGACACCAUUAGAUAUCUAUGACUCCAAGGACUUCUCAAUCACCAUCACUUCACUGGAUGAGAUGGUCGUGUCUGCACACCAAAACCUUCAGUCCAAAUGGCCUGGGGUAGUGGCGGAGGGGGACGGGCAAGGACCUUUGAUUAAAAUUGAAAUGGUGAUCAGUGAGCCGUGUCAGAAGACUAAGCGGAAGAGCAUUCUGGCUGUUGGGAAAGGAAGUGUCAAAGUGAAGUUUGGUCAAAAAGAUUCUGACCAAAAAGGAAGCACUAAUGACAUUGACGAUAUGGAUAGAGAUUUUAAAAGCCAUGCAAGCAAUUCAAUAGAGAAAUCUGCAGAACAAGAGAGGACAGCACAGGAAUGGUCCAAAAACCACGAGGACAUGUCCAGUUAUGAGGACAAUGCAAACAAAAGCACAACUUUCAUAUCUCCCAUUGAUCAGGAGUCCCUGGAGGAUGGCCAGCUCCAAAAUAACCCAACUGCCUUCACAGGUUUCCCUACGCAAGUAGAAAUACCAGGAGAAAACAAUCCUGGUGAUCUCACGUUGACGUCAAGAGGAUUAACAGAUUUGGAGAUUGGCAUGUAUGCCCUGCUGUGUGUUUUCUGCUUAGCAAUCUUGGUCUUUUUGAUUAACUGCGUGGCAUUUGCUUGGAAGUACAGGCAUAAAAGGUUUGCUGUGAGUGAGCAAGGCAACAUCCCCCAUUCCCAUGAUUGGGUCUGGCUUGGAAAUGAGGUUGAACUGCUGGAAAACCCAGUUGACAUUUCGCUCCCAUCAGAGGAGUGCACUACCAUGAUCGACAGAGGAAUGCAGUUUGAAGAAAGCAACUUUCUCCUUAAUGGGAGUUCUCAGAAGACUCUUCAUAAUCAUAUCCUCAGAUCUUCUGAGUAUCUUUGUGAAAAAGAAGUUAAAAGUGAACCUAUAAAUCAUUCUGGGCCAAAGCAGAAGCGAGUAAAGUUCACUUCAUAUACAACAAUACUGCCGGAGGAUGGAGGCCCCUACACCAACUCAAUUCUAUUUGACAGUGAUGAUAAUAUUAAAUGGGUAUGCCAAGAUAUGAAUCUUGGUGAUUCCAAGGAACUUAGGGACUAUAUGGAAAGACUGCAAGACAAUAUGUAAAACUACUUUCUUAUGUUUGUAAUCACCUUUAUGCCUUCUGUUUAUGGAUGGUGGAGCAGUCAGUCCAGUCAGCAAUAGGAACAAGACAGUCCAACCUUGGAGUUACUGAGAUGAUAACCUGAUAUCACUGAGCAGGUACAAGAGGCUGGCUGAGGUAAACCUGUUUCACUGCAAACCAGGAUGUGCCCCUAAAACAGCUACCUGUAGGUGUUGGAGGUGUCACACGCGAUGGCUGUUUUUGUAUACUGCCUGGUACUAGCAAAAUGCUAAUACAACUACGCUCAGACUCAGAGGAGACUUCAUUUGUUUGUCAUCUCUCAUGAUAAAUGGUAAAUCAGAAAAGAAAGGGAUAUUUGUUUGCAUUGAUUUUUCUAGUCGUCGUCCUUUGUAAAGCACAGUGGACAUUUCUUGCUUACAGCCUCAAACGAGGCUUACAUUAAAAGGGAUCUGAAUGAAUCUAAUUUUAUUGCCUAUGUGCAAUGUGGCCAAGUAGUCUUAUUAUUUUUUACAGAUAUAAAAAUCCCCAUGUGGUUAAUUUCCUAUUGUUUAUGAAUUUUAUUUGACUUAGGGAACAUUAAAUAUUUUAUUUGAAGGUAUUUUUUUUUUGGUUGUACCAAAGUGUAGUACAGUAAUAUUUAUAAUGAUUUAAGUUUUCUAUUCAUCUGCAUCAGCCCCUAGAGAUACCUACGUCAUCACUGAUUAUCUUUCUCCUUUCCGUAUGGGUAUAUGAGUCGUUAGUAUUUGAAACAUAGAAAGGUUUUAGGACUCUUACUGGGAAAGGGUUGUAUCUUCUUACAGGGAACUGUAAAUACAAUAAUAAACCCUGGAAAAUAAAAACCAAGGAGUAGCCCUGGGUUUACUUUUGUCAUUGCUAACAUGAAAAAGUAACCUGCAACAAAACAGCACAUACUUUAAAGGAAAAUGCUUUGCUGAAACAGCAGCUUGGUUGACAGUAAACAUUUUUAUCAGAAUAAGAAAGUCAAAUAUGGUAUUGAAGUGCAUAAAAUAGGAAGGAAAUUUCCUAGAAAAUAAGCAAAGGCUUGGAGUCACUGUUACUCUGUAUUAAUUAAUACAUUGAUGGUAGAGUUUAGCAGGGUAAAGAAGUCCAUGCUCAACGGCUAAUGCCCCAAAUCUUCUCUAAAACAUCACUGACCAUAAGGCCAUUAAAGAGAAAAUCCUUACACUAUGCUUCAUUAAAAAAUGAAGAAGGAAAGAAAAGACACACUGGAUGUGACUAUUCCUGAUUUUAACAAGGAAAACAUGCUGGGGAUUCAAAACUGCCAUUUCAUAUGCUUUACAUGUAUUUUUUUACUGAAGGAUGACUGACAUAAGUUGAAAAUUACAGUGAGAAAAAAACUGAAUCUACAUAAUACUUAACAAAAACAAUAAAGCACAUGUUCUUGUGAUGGAUCCUGUGCAAUAUACACAAUAUCCAAAUUACAACUGCUGUACGUACCAUAGUUCCCAUCUUUUAGGUAGCUCAAGAUAGGAUUUGAAUUUUGUCAGGCAACCGUAACUAUGGGAAAUUCUGCAUUUGGAUCCUAAUCCACAACUGGGAACAUAUUUAAUAUAGCUGCUGCAAAAUACAGUCAUUUUAAUGGUGAGACCAGAAAGUGAGGACACCAGGCUUAUGUAAGUGAUCAGAGACUUAAGUUUGCUGGCACUGCAGUGCAUAGUGAGGGGAUGGCAUCUGUUAUAAUCUAAUUUUAAGUAGAUAAAAUAAUAGACCACAGAGAUGCUUCUGUUUCGUAAGUGAUGCAGCACUUGUGUGUCAAAUGAAAUCUUGGGUUGUUUAACAAAUGUUCCCUCCUCUUUAAAUGAUCCAGACCUCAUAAGGAAACAUUAAUUCCUACUAUGAUCCUUAUUACUAACAAGAUAAAAAUCCCUUUUUAGAAUUUAACAUCUCUUCCGAACAUGUUCUUUUGUAUUUAGCCCAGCCACAAACCAAGCAUAUUGUUUGCACAAGAGUAAAUGAAUAUAAAACAAUCACAAAUAAAUUUAGUCUUGAAAUCAGAGGAAACAACUUGCUGAUGGCAGCUGGGGAGGGCAACAGCACAGCUGUUUUAAUGAAUGUAUAUCCACCAGUUUACCAGCCAGGCUAUGAUCUCACAGCAGGGUACUGGGCUGCAUGACCCACCUCUUCAGUGUGGCCCCAGUUCUGCUAAUUACCCCAGCAGCUGCUGAACUCCAUCCCUAGUCAGUGCUGAGGGACUUGAGAUCUCUUCUCACCCAUUCCUGGGGAACAGAAGGCAACACCUUCACUAACUUGUUGAGGAAAUUACCCUUCAAGGACUAUGGCUUGUAAGACGGAGGAUCACCAAGUCAGGCUGCCUCUCUACUGUCACAUUGCUGAGUCCCAAACUUGCACCUGAGGUCUAAUCCCUGGUUGUCCAUAGUACCUACCAGUGGCUGUAUGUUCAGGCUGCACACUAGUGUGUGGAGGAAGGACAGUCCUACACGCAGUGCUAGAAGCCACCAAAGGAGACCUCAGGCGUUUUCAGCAUUUACUUGCCAUGUGGCUCACAAAUCCCUGGUGCUUUCAGAUGUUGCUGCUGAAAAUAGUUAUAAAUGCAGGGUUUGAGGGCUGUUAGUGUUAGACCAGAAAUACUUCCAUUCUGGUGUUUGACUAAGCAUGUAUUUAAAAUACACUCUGGAGUAGAACCUUACAGAUAGCUGGGGUCUGUGUGUUAUUUACCAUAGGGUGGUAAAGUCCUGGCCCUGUCAGCAUGGUCGUGAUGUUCUUCAAUGAAGUUCUUAGGUGGCUCAGUAGCUCAAUGUGGGGCUUUUUUAGAGUUGUGACUUCUGCAGUCAUGAGCAUCACACUCAUAUCUAUCCCAAAGUUAAAUUACAAGUACAGCCCAUUAGGAAGGAGUACAGCCACUACUGGUGAUCAGCCAAACAAUGGAAUUGGCUACAGCUGUGCACAAAAAUCCAGACCCCUCCCCAAAUCAGGCAAUGGGAGGGGAAAAAAAAUCUACAACUGCAGAUUCAUAUAACCUUUCUUUUUGUUUCACAUCACAUGUUGUUACGUGAAAGUUCUUAUAUGGAAAAAUAGCAAUACGAAAAUAAAAGAAGCAGGAAGAGAGAAUUCUAAUCUCAGUAUAACUCAGAUAACACUAAUAAAGUGCAGUUCUGGAUUUAUGCUAGUUUAACCGCUUGUGCUACUUCUAAUAAAAUCAAAAGGAAAAGAGUUUAUAUGAAUACAUUUGAUGCAAAAUAUAAUUCUGAGUUGAUAAGUCCUCUUUUAAUGAAAUCUCAUAUUUUAGUUUCAAAAUGAUGACAGACUUUAUAUGUAAGUAAAUUUAAUUUAAAAUUAUUUUUUAAACCGACAAUUUUCUGAUUAAGCUACAUUUUUUUCAAUGACUCCUUUAAACAAGAAAGGCUUUUAUUCAUGGAAUAUAUAAUAUUCCACUUUGCUGUUAAAUAAACAGCAUUUAUACGUUGAUGAAAGAAUCUCUGCUUUUGAGAUUACAAAGCAAAGGUAGCCAAACGAUCAAAAGGCACAACAUGUUUGCGUGUGUGUGUGUAUGCAGGAAACUGGAAUUGUCUAAAACAGAAAAUGGAAACGAUAGUGACAGAUUAAUUAGAAUUAUGCUUCAGUAGGUGCCCAGGAAAGCAACACCUGCAAUUUAAUAUUGAAGAAACAGCACAUCUUACUUCUGGCGUGUACAGAAAAGACAUUGUGAGUGAGUUUCUUUGCCUGCUCUCAAGGAAAGACAGUAUGUAGUACAAAUACAUAUACCAGGAGACGCCCAGAAACAUUCUGUAAGUAAAGAAAGAGUGGAUUAAUGGAACAUGGGGAGUUUGCAGACUUUAAAGAUAAAGCUGAUGCCAGACCCUCAACUCGUGUAAUCAGAGCGGAGUGAUUUACAGCAGCUGAACACUGAUAUACAGAGAAUGGAGAAGCAAGAGCCAGUAGUUCUCAUCUGUGCAGAACUUUCAAUUUCAUCUGGCCAUCACACACACCCUCGUCCCAUGUGGCUUGUCUAUGCCUUCGUUCUCAUUUAAGACCUUAGGAAAUCAGUGCCCUGCUCUCCUCUUGAUGUAGAACCACAUAUAUUAACGUACUGAGCUGCUGUUUCUUAAUUCAUAUUGGGGAAUGUACAAGAAAAUCUUACAGCCAUACGACACAAUACAAACAGUCCAUUAUAUAAUGGAACCCCCCCCUGUAUUUCAAGGUAGAGUACUCUAUGAAUGAAAUACCAAGUUUUCAUAGCGGAUAUGCUCUUUUCUGAAAUAUAAAUCAUGUGCACUACAUUGAAAUACACUAUAGUGUAUUGUGAAAUGCAUACAUUAAUUGCUGAAUCUAUAACACUGAAUAUGUAUAUACAUCACACCCAAGAUAUUUAUACAAUAUAGUAAGUCUUAGAUGUAUAACAUAAUGAAUUCUGUACAAAAUAAACUGUAAGUUAAGACAAUGAAAGAGAACUUUUAUAUCUGUGUAAUUUGUAUGCUGAUUAAGUCAUUCAAGCCUCAUUUUUCAUCUUUAAAUGUGUCCUUUAAAAAAAACAACUUAUUUUCUAUAGGCAGAUGUCUGGAAUAAAGACUUCACUCUUCAGAAAAGAAGCAACUGAAAGACUGUGAAAGAAACAGAUUCUACUGGAGAAAUAAACAUAAUGUUCAUGUGA